AUGCACCAGCCGCCCGAGUCCGCCGCCGCGGCCGCCGCAGACCUCAGCGCCAGGAAGAUGGCGCACCCGGCGAUGUUCGCUCGAAGGGGCAGCGGUGGCGGCAGCGCCUCUGCGCUCGGUGCAGCAGGUACCGGCGUCGCCAGCAACGCCACCUCUUCCGAGGAUUUUCCGCCGCCGUCGCUGCUCCAGCCGCCGCCCCCCGCCGCAGCAUCUUCUGCGUCGGGACCACAGCCCCCGCCUCCACAAAGCCUGAACCUUCUUUCGCAGGCCCAGCUGCAGGCACAGCCUCUUGCGCCAGGCGGGACUCAAAUGAAAAAGAAAAGUGGCUUCCAGAUAACCAGCGUGACUCCGGCUCAGAUCUCCGCUAGCAUCAGCUCCAACAACAGUAUCGCCGAGGACACGGAGAGCUAUGACGACCUGGAUGAGUCUCACACGGAAGACCUCUCUUCUUCGGAGAUCCUCGACGUGUCACUCUCCAGGGCUACUGACUUAGGGGAGCCCGAACGCAGCUCCUCGGAAGAGACCCUAAAUAACUUCCAGGAAGCCGAGACCCCUGGGGCGGUCUCUCCCAACCAGCCCCACCUUCCUCAGCCUCAUUUGCCUCACCUUCCACAACAGAGUGCUGUGAUCAAUGGGAAUGCUCAUCCACACCACCUCCAUCACCACCAUCACAUUCAUCAUGGGCACCACCUCCAGCAUGGGCACCAUCCAUCUCAUGCUGCUGUGGCCACUGCAUCCAUUCCUGGUGGGCCACCCUCAAGCCCAGUAUCUAGAAAACUUCCUACAACUGGAAGCUCUGACAGUAUCACACCAGUUGCACCAACUUCUGCUGUAUCAUCCAGUGGUUCACCUGCAUCUAUGGUGACUAAUAUGCGUACUCCAAGUACUACCGGCGGAAUAGGUAUAAGUUCUGUCACUGGCACUAAUACAGUGAAUAAUGUUAACAUUACUGCUGUGGGUAGUUUUAGUCCUAAUGUGACAAGCAGCAUGCCUGGUAAUGCUAAUGUAAGUGCAAGCAAUAUUCCUAGUGCUGCUAGUGUGAGUGCUGGGCCUGGUGUUCCCAGUGGUGUUAAUGUGAAUAUCUUGAGUGGCAUGGGCAAUGGUACUGUGUCUUCCUCCGCUGCUGCUAACAGUGUCCCUAAUGCAGCCGCAGGGAUGACUGGGGGAUUGGUUUCAAGUCAGCAGCAACAACCAACAGUUAAUACUUCGAGGUUCAGAGUUGUGAAGUUAGAUUCUAGUUCUGAGCCCUUUAAAAAAGGUAGAUGGACUUGCACUGAGUUCUAUGAAAAAGAGAGUGCCGCACCUGCUGCAGAAGGUGUGAUAAAUAAAGGGGUGGAGACUGUAAAGCAAAGUCCGAUGGAAGCGGCUUCUGAGAGGGAGAGCACCAGUGGGAGUUCCGUGAGCAGUAGUGUCAGCACACUGAGUCACUAUACAGAGAGUGUGGGAAGCGGAGAGAUGGGAGCCCCCACUGUGGUGGUGCAGCAGCAGCCAGCUCUCCAGGGUGUGACCCUCCAGCAGAUGGAUUUUGGUAGCACUGGUCCACAGAGUAUUUCUCAGUCACAGAUCUCACAAUUACAGUCUCAAGAACUGAGCUAUCAGCAAAAGCAAGGUCUUCAGCCAGUACCUCUGCAAGCCACUAUGAGUGCUGCAACUGGUGUCCAGCCCUCGCCUGUAAAUGUGGUUGCUGUAACUUCAGCUUUAGGUCAGCAGCCUUCCAUUUCCAGUUUGGCUCAACCCCAACUACCGUAUUCUCAGGCGGCUCCUCCAGUGCAAACUCCCCUUCCAGGGGCACCACCUCCACAGCAGUUACAGUAUGGACAACAGCAGCCAAUGCUUUCUACACAGAUGGCCCCAGGCCAUGUCAAAUCAGUGACUCAAAAUCCUGCUUCAGAGUAUGUACAACAGCAGCCAGUUCUUCAAACAGCAGUGUCCUCCACACAGCCCAGUUCUGCAGGAGUGGGAGUAGGAACAACGGUGAUUCCUGUGGUUCAGCCACAGAGUAUCCAGUUGCCAGUACAGCCCACAGCAGUCCCAGCACAACCUGCAGGGGCAUCUGUCCAGCCUGUUGGCCAGGCUCAGACAGCAGGGUCUGCUGUACCUACUGGCAGUCAGAUUGCAAAUAUUGGUCAGCAAGCAAACAUACCUACUGCAGUGCAGCAGCCCUCUACCCAAGUUCCACCUUCAGUUAUUCAGCAAGGUGCUCCUCCGUCUUCGCAAGUGGCUACACCUGCUCAAGCUGGGAUUAUUCAUCAGGGAGUUCAAACUAGCGCUCCAAGCCUUCCUCAACAAUUGGUUAUUGCACCCCAAAGUCACGUGUUAACUCUGCCUCCCCAGCCACAAGGAGUAGAACCAGUAGGUCAAGGAGUUCUUUCGCAGCAGCUGUCUGCAGUUAGUCCUUUGCCCUCUGCUAGUAAUAUUUCUGUUACAAGUCAGGUUAGUUCAACUGGUCCUUCUGGAAUGCCUUCUGCCCCAACAAACUUGGUUCCACCACAGAAUAUAGCACAAACCCCUGCCACCCAAAAUGGUAAUCUGGUUCAAAGUGUUAGUCAACCUCCCUUGAUAGCCACUAAUAUAAAUGUGCCUUUGGCACAGCAGAUACCACUGAGUUCUACCCAGUUCUCUGCACAAUCGUUAGCUCAGGCAAUUGGAAGCCAGAUUGAAGAUGCCAGGCGCCCAGCGGAGCCGUCCUUAGUUGGCUUACCUCAGACCGUCAGUGGUGACAGUGGGGGAAUGUCAGCAGUUUCAGAUGGGAGUAGCAGCAGCCUAGCAGCCUCUGCUUCUCUCUUCCCGUUGAAGGUGCUACCGCUGGCGACACCUCUGGUGGAUGGCGAGGAUGAGAGUGCUUCUCUCCUACCAGAGGUGAAAGGAGUGAUCCUAGAACCACAGAUACAGCCAAGACCACGGAGAGCUUUUGACGUCAGGGGUCCACUUUCUCCACUGAACCCUUGGAGACAGAAUAUCCAGCUUCUGGAGAGAGUGGGAAAGGAUAAUAAACAAAUUUCUUUCAACUGGUAAAACAUCACACUUCUUCAGCAAAAGGAAUUCUUCUAGCAGAGCCUUCAUGGAUGAUAUCUGUCACACAUGCCAGCACCUGCAGUUUGGAAGGCAGUGGUGAAUGGAUCCAUCAAUAUGUCUAGAAGACACAAGGAUGAGCCAGCCACCUGAUCUUGUCAUUUAUAAACUUUUAAGAAUUACUCUGGUUUACUUUUGAUCUGAAAAUGGAAAGGCUCACAUAAUGAAAUAAUAUUUUCAGAUUGGAAUUUUACAUGGCCAUGAAAAUAUUUCUUUCUAUUCAGAAGACUGAAAUAGAGGAAGCUUGAGAGACUCCUUUCUUUUAAAAGCAGCUCUCUGUAUCUGUUUCAUUUAAAAGAUUUGUGGGAUUGAAAAUCACCUUAAUGAAGUAGGCAAACAUUUUUUUAAGUAGUAGAGGAAUUCCAGAAAACUUAAUGAAAUGAUUUUUUUGUUGCCUGACACUGAAAGUAACUAGUAAAUAAAGGGUGAACGUCUUAAUUAUUCAAAAACUACUUUUAAUAUUAGGAUAUACUCUUUUAGCUCAUCUUUGUGGGUCUUGAGCCUUAUUGUAAUUGUUGAAUCAAAAAAGUUUCUAGUAGAGAAUAGAAGAGACAUCUUUUGGGAUGGAAGUAGCUUAUCUGUCCUCCAAAGUAGUAAUACAUACCUGUUAAACUUGAGGUAUUUUUCCACACUGAAGGCAUGCUAAAGUUUGAAUGGUACUGUCACAAAACAGUAGUUUACAGAGCAGAGGCACUUAGAGUAAGCCUGUAUGUGUGAAUGAGUAAGUGCUAAAAAUAGUUAUUUAUCCAGGCUAUCAACUAAUCGGUUGAAAUAGUUAUCAGAAUGUUUCUGUUUCUCUCUUUCUUUGGUAUCUAUUAACUGGUCAGUCAAAAGCUAUUAAAGAAAAUUUUUAAAGUCCCCUUCUACUGCCAGUUUGUUAAAUUUGGCACACAUUUUAAGAACAGAAAUUUUGGAGUUAUUAAUACGGAAGCAACUGAAAUGUUUUAGGAAAUCUCAAAAGCUUUAGAAGCCACAUUUGCUAAAGUAUAAUCUGCACUUUAGUCUUUCUUGGCUAUCUGUACUUUUUUCUCAUUAAUUAUAAAUAAGUUUUUGGAAGUAUAAUACUUAAAAGUAAGUUGAAAAAAUCAAUUUGAAUUGAAAUUUUCCCAGAGAGCUUUGAAUUUCCAUAAAUGAUUACAGUUUUUUACUCCUGAUUUGUUUUUAGUAAACGUUAAUAAGACAGUUGGUUUAUAAACACAUAUAAAUUCAAAAAACCGCUAGGAAGAACUGAAGGAGCUAAAAAUGAAAUUUGCUUGGAAAUUAAGUUAGUUGAAUUCUUUGAACCACAGUACAAACCACUUUGUGGCCUGUGAGGUUAUAAUUUUUGUUUCAGCUUUGAAGGUGAAAAGUGAUUUAAUCUCUCAGUCUCGUGCUUUGAUUGAAUUUUAGCUUUGUUCCUUAAAGUAUGAAAAAAGAAAUGUAAGUGCAUUUCUAGUCACCUCAUGCCACGACAAGCUAUUUAUUUAAAAGUGAAACUUUUUGUGUAUUAUUGUGAACUGAUUUGUUUAUUUAAACUUUUAUUUUGGUGAAUUUACCUUUGAGUUUUUUUAUAUUUCGUGUCACAAAAUGAAGUCCUCUAUUUUUCAGUGUUUAUUUUAUGAAUAUUAAUAUAAGCUAUUUUUUCUAGAAUGACUAAUUGUGUAAUAUCUGUAUCAUGUGAUCAUUUGAAAACUAAUAAAUAUUUUCUCCAUGAAAAAAAUGCACUUACUGAUAAUGGCUUAUUUCUGUUUCAGGAGUAGAAAGUGAAAACUGCAACAGUAUUUUUAAAUGUGUUUUUAUUUUAUGUGUCUAAGUAUUUCUGAGUAUAUAUUCUACCUUUCUGUAUGUUGUUACAGUUUUUUUUUUCCAGAAAAAAUUUUUUGAACAGUUAAAUUACAAUGAUGUUUUAUGGGGGUCACCAGUGAAUGUGUAGAAUAGGUGAUCUGCUUUGUAUUUUUUUGCAUUUUCCUGAUUAGCAUCAUCUUACCUUUGUUUCCAGAAUUGGAUUUUUUUAGAUGCAAUUUUUGUACAUCAAUUUUGCAAACUAUUAAAAUUCUCUUGAGUUGAUACUGUAAAUAUCAAGAGUAAUUUGGUCAAAUCUUUUCAAACUAGAGUGAUCAAAAUAUAACCACUUAUAGAAUAGCAUCCGAAAACAGUUCCUUGACCCAGAAGAAUAUAAUUUGAAAAUAACGGUGGUUUAGAGAACUGUGCAAUUCAUAAGAAAUGUUGAAAAAUGUUUUGUAUUUUAGUGUUUUACUGUCAUAACUUGCAUAAAUAACUGUAGGAGAAAUCUUGACCUCAUAGUCUCUUGUUUUUAAAUCUUAUCAAGACAGCAUAGAAAAGGGUAAUAUUAGUUUUAAUGACUCUUGUUUUAAUGAUUCUAGUUUUUAUAGCUACAUAAUUUUACUUAAUAGAAGCCACAACCUUCAAUUACCUUUUCUAUGCAGGAUAUGCUUCAAAGCAAGAGGAUUUCCUUUCGAAUUUGAAGGAAAGUUAUUAAAGAAGUGGACCCCCAGAAUUAAAAAUAACAUUAAGAUGGGUCCUAGGCAAGAAAUAAAAAUUGAAUUAGUGAACAGUUGAUGGAUUAAAAUGUAAUAAUUUGGCUCCCCAGGGAAAUUAUGCUCUGGAAAAAAUCAAAUUUCUAAAAGGCAGUUAUGAUUUAGAAUAGCUACUGUAUUGGGGGUAGGGAAAAGGAAGUUGACAUGCUUUGCUUUAACCUGGUAAGUUUGGAAACAAAGAUUCUGUGGGCAAAAUUUUGUUUUUAGAAUUAAAGCUUUUAAAAGGUUUACUGACAUCGUAUAUUUUAAUGGAAGGUUGUAUUUUAUUUGAAUAUAAAAAAAAUCUAUAAGCUUUGCUAUAUGUGUAGAAAAGGUAGGGUGGGCAUGGGAGUUAAAAUACAUCCUGCAUUGGAAACCUGAAAAAAUACUGCAAAGAUAAUGAUGACGUGAUGUUUUAAAAAUUGAAACAUGAAAGACUCUUCUUUACAUCAUUAGUAACCUUCAAAAUAAAAAUAUUACAGAAUGUUGAAUUUGGCUUACCAUUGUGUUUUCGAGGUAUAAGAACAUAGGAUUAUGGUUUAGCCAUCACUGACUAGAUUAACUGCAGUAUAAAAAUCUGUUUGGAUUGUUCCUGAGUAAGGAAACAAAGGUGGGUUUUUGUUUGUUUUUUUUUUUUUUCUUGGUAGCUUCUGUUUUAAAAAAAGUAAACAUGACAAGCAGUGUGACUUCAAAGUGCUGACUUAUAGCUUAUUGUAAAUAUGUACACAGAUCUUUUUUUCUUUUUCUUAUUUUUUUGGCCAUAUUGAACUAGUUGGACAAAUGUCAGUGCUUAGAUGUUCUAAGCAAUUUUUAAUGUUUGUCCAGAUAUUUUUUAAAGGGAAUCUUUAAAAAGAUUUCAUAGUAAUUUAGUCCUAAAAUGUGAAAGAUUUGUUUCAAAAUUAAGCACUUAGGUACUCUGGAGUGUUUGUUCCACUAGUAUUUACAUCUAAGGUAAUUAAAAUACUGCAGUAAAAAUGUUAGUGAACCUUGACGUAUUCAUCGGAGUUUUCGGGAAUUAUGAACAAAGGGAUCUCUGCUCAAGAGGUAAGGUAUGGCAUAGGUAGAAAAAUACUCAGAAUGUGUUUAAUGUUUGAAUGAUGAUGUAAACUAUAAUAGGUAUCUUUGGAUUUUCAGACAGAUGUAGAAUUAGGAAAAUUUUCUUAAAACUCUCAGAGAAGAGAAAUUGUUUAUCCACAGAUUUGUUUCUGUGUGGCUUUGGAGUACAUUCAGAAACACAUCCACAGACGUUGUAUAUAUAGGCUCCAGCAUUCCAAGGCAUCCUCUACCCCUGCUCUCUUAGCAUUUAUGAUUCAUAUUUAAUUUCUCAAGCUGAGCACUAUAAAAAUAUUGUACUUUGAGUGGUAAGUUGAGUACAUAUUUCAUGAGAUUAUUGCCUGGAAUAUUUUUGGCAAAAUUUUUGCAGUUUUCGGCAAAGCAAAAGGAAAGUACAGUCUCCUUUUGCCUGCUUUUAUUAAGUGAUAUCUAGAACUUACAAAACAGUUGCUUGACUUAGAAAUUUUUAUUUUGGUUUGAGAAAUUAAGGAAUUCUGUAAACAUUUACUUAACACUGUAACUCAGGGGAGUCUUAUACUAAGGAUCAAGAAACAAUAUUGUUGCCUAGUAUGUAAAAUAAUUGAUAAAAGAAAGUGAUAUUCUACGAUUCUCUAGGGAAUAUUAAGUAGGUUCAAAGAGUUAAGUGUUAAUACAAUAAUCAUAUCUAGAAACAGGAAAAUGCAAUAUUGAAUAUGGCCAAGAUAGGAAAAUCGAUUAGGACUUUUCCCCUUUGAAUUGCUAGUGUAGUUUACUCAAUAGAGGGUAAUAUUGAAAAACACAGUAAUCCUUCAUCAUGUUUUGGAGUUCUUUUUGUAAGAACUGCUAGGAGACAUUUUUAGCUUUUUUUUUUUUUUUUUUUUUUUAAAGAGACGAGGUCUCAGUAU